AUGGCUGGUGAGGACUGGCCGGUGACGAGGGAGAUCACCCCACCCCGAAGCCCACCGAAGGAGCGCUGGUGCUGGGACUUUGCAGGUUUAGAGGGUCGAGAGGCCGCCAUCGAAAAACAGGUGUCUCCCCUACGGGUGAACCGAGACCAGUCGUCUGUCGACCACUUCUUCAGCCAGUUGCACCAGCUCUCCAGUCGAGCCGUGUCCGUCAGCUCUCGCUUCGACGUCCUCCCCUUUCGACGUUUGUUAACUCAAACGGCGAAUUCCCCCUAUAUCCGACUACCGGUGCCCUAUCUGUGA